GCUAAACCGUGACAGAAGGGGGAGUGAGAGAGAAAAAGAGAGAGAGGUACAGAAACAAAGCGAGAGAGAAAGAGAGAGAGAGAGAGAGAGAGAGAGAGAGCGAGAGCAAGCCAAAGGCGUUUCCACGUUUCUCAGCUCUUCUCACAGCAGCGGACACGAACUCGGAGGAUCCACGACUGUCUGUGUUUCAGACCUGUCUCCUUGUCUCAUUUUAAAAACACUGUCACUGUCACUUGUCCACCACCACCAUCACUCCCCACGCGAGUCUCUGCUCCGGCUCCUAACAUCCACAGACACAGUGAUGAUCCAUCAGUGAAGCCGGGACAGAGUGGACAUUGUGGACUUUUAUAUUUAUUUAUUUUCCCUUUUUUUUACUGACUUUUUCAAACCCACAAGUGACGUGAAGCUCGGCUGCUCUGCGUGACACUCACGGGAGGUUAUCUCUCCACGUAUCCCUUCCAGAAGCUGAAGCUGACUCAUUUUCACCGGUCAGAGGUCAUCUAUCAACACCCAACCAAAUACUGAAUAUGGCGGAGUACGGCUCUCUGCUCAGCGACCUGUCUGAAAACAUCACCAAUGAGGACUUGGAGCAGCUCAAGUCAGCCUGCAAGGAGGACAUCCCUGAGGACCAGAGCAACAACAUCACCUCCUCCAAAGAGUGGUUCAGCUACCUGGAGAAGAACGACAAGUUGGCCCAGGAUAACCUGUCCUACAUCGAGCACAUCUUUGAGAUUUCACGGCGACCGGACCUUCUGACGAGGGUGAUCGAGUAUCGCACCACCGUCCUCAAGAUCUCUGAGGACGACGAGAUCGACACCAAACUCACGCGCAUCCCCUCGGCCAAGAAGUACAAAGAUAUCAUCCGUCAGCCUUCUGAAGAUGAGAUCAUCAAAUUGGCUCCACCUCCUAAAAAAGUGUGAGCUGCAGACCGCCACCCCCCACCACAGCCAGCCCUGACUUCAACAUGAUUCCUUCUCUCCUGGCACACUAAAAUAAAUCAUGACCGGCCGUUUUCUGAACCACCUCAUCAUUUCCCCGCUUCACCGCUGACGUCAGAUCCAGUUAACACACACACUGACACACACAGACACACAUUCAGACACACACACCAAAAAGUAGAACGCACUAUCCUCCUCCCAGCACUAACGCACGCUAUGGCGCAGAACCAUGCACAGGCAGCCGCCACCUACUGUACCUACAGAAACAACCAAUCAGAUCAUAGAGUCACAGCCUCUUCAGGCUGAGGGAAGAUGGGAGGCUGCAGGAAACAUAGACAAUACAAAAGAAGACGAAGAAGAAGAGGAAGAAGAGGAAGAAGAGGAAGAAAUCUGGAAACAGAUCAGCAGGUUUGUCUGUACGUGAGAGAAAAUGAGUGAGAGGAAGUUUAAUUUGAGCGGGUCAGUUUAGCGAUGAGGUCUGUCUCAUGUUUACCCAUGUUUAUUUGUGUUUGUUGAAGUCGCAAAAGUUUGAUUUUGAAACUGAAAAACCAAGAUUCAAAACCAAACAACUAAAAAGGAAAUGGCAAAGUUUCACCUUCAGGCUAAAUGCUAAAUCACACCUCGCGUGACUAAGCAUUUAUUUCUUCUGUUAUAUUAACUUGAAUAUGAAAAUGGGAAAAAGAAAAGUGUUGUUUAAAUAUUUUAAAGACAGAUUUUGAAGGUAAACAAUUUGGGGAUCAGGUUUCACAUGAAGUUAUGGCUAAUAUAUACUUACAUCAACCUGUAGUUAUUUGUUAAGGGUCAGAUAAAAGUCAUUUUUCUCAUUAUUAUGCUAUGAAAGUUAUAUAUAUAUAUAUAUAUGUUAUUAAAAUUUAAAUAAUAAAAUCAGAUGCAGAUUUGUAUUCUUAUAGCCAAUAGUGUGGGCUUUAAAGAAUAUUUAAUUUUCACUUUAUUUUUGACUUGAAAGUCAGAAUUGAGACUUUUUAUCUAAUAAUUAAUAAAAAAACACUGAAUUUAUAUUAAUUCAAAAAUGCUGAGCUAUUAAGAAAGGAUUUUAAUUUUUUUUAUUUAAAAACAUUACAUGUAUUAAUUCUUUUACUAAAAACCCUGAUUUACAAAACAUUUCUUUAAGAAGCCUUAGAAUUAGAACUCUUAGAAAAGUGACUUUUCACCCCGUCCUACUUUCCAUCUUUUACUUUCUUUACAUUUACAGUAUAUUCUCUGCCCUGAUUAAAUUUAGACUUUAAAAUAGCAUCUGUUUAAAAAGCAGUCAAAUUAUUCCAAAAGUUUAAACUUUCUUUUAUAAUAUAUUUUGUUCACAAAAUGACCGUAAAUAUUGUGCCCCUGGCAGUAAAUCUGAUUGUGGGGAAGGAGAGAGCGCCCCCUUUGGCGACUUUUCCUUUAUAAUACUAUAUCAAAAGAGUAAAGAUAUUUUAGGAAAACCCUUUAAAGAUGAUUUUCAUUUCAUUCCUUGAUAUCAAAGGACUUGUCACAGCAAAAGAUAUUCAGACAUAAAUGUCCUCAAAUUCCCUGACCUCUGAAUUUACAGAAUGUGGACAUCCCUAGUUGAGCGAAUCAGUUAGUUUGACCACCUGCUGUAUGAGCUGAUUAUGUGUGUAAAUAUACAAUUAAUAUAUUAAAAACAAAACUUCAAGCAGACCUAAUAUAUCCAGCUGUGCUGGCUUUUGCAGCAAAAUUGUCAUAGUUUCAAUCUGUGUCUCACAUGACAACUGUGGUAGUUCUUUUUAAACAAAAAUAUCAAUAUCAAAAAGAGUCAAAAGCAGCAACGUACAUCUGGGCAAAUACAAGUAUAUUUUAGGAGGAGUUAACUCAAAUAUUUGGGGAAUAGGCCUUUAAGAGACAUAUUCUAACAUGUUGUUUACCCCACUUUGCCGUUUUGUUCAUUAUGUACAGACAGAACGUGACCAGAAGGCGGUUUCACUGAAGGAAAAACAAACAGAAGUUUUGGGAAAUUAAAAAAAGACGAUCAAAUGUCAAAAAAGAGAAACAGGUCUGGCAUCAGAAGCCGAGUGCAGACAGGAAAAAUAAAACGCAAACGACGGCUCAUAAUCCACUGACUGCCUAUGCCUAUACUCCACCAUGCACCAUCACAUUAGCUAGCAAGACUGUUGGAACUAAACUAUAAGAAAAAAAACAUUUUUAACACUGUGUUUCUCUUUACCCCACAAUGAAGCCUUAGCAACUGUUGACUGGAAAUAUAUGUCACACAGCUGUGACUGUGUGCACAGAGCAAAGCCAGACGCCAUGAUUAGUUAACAAAAAAAAAAACAGCUCUUACCUUUUUCAAUGGAACGUGGUUAAUUGUUCUUUCAAAUCAGCCAAACGUCGGGCGUCAGAAUCUCGGUGGAUCUGUUUCUGGCCUCUUUGGUUCUAUAAGAUCGGAAAAAAUUGGGAUGGCGUUAAAAAAAAAAAAACCUUUUCCUUAAUUCCCUCCUGAAACCCUAGUGCCAAUGACUAAGACUUUUAUUAUUUUGAUUGCACUUUUUGUGAUCUGUUGUUUUUUCUUUUCUUUUUUUGUAUUGCUGGCUGUAUAUUGUUGUGUUGGACCAAUUUGUAUUCUAUGCAUUAAUGUCUGUGGAAUUCUAUGUUCCCUCUUGACAAAUUGUUUAAUCGAAAGAAGUGAAGAACUCCUGAGUUGUGAGAGGACAGGGUGUUGGUUUAGUCCUGGUGUUCUGUCAGGGAGCUGAUAUGACUGGAUAGGAGAAGACGAAAAUGUGCUGGGGAAAAGAGGUCUUUUACAAAAUGUGUUCAAUGUGAUUGCUCCGGUCUUUUUUCACCUAGUAAAAUCUUCACGCAACUAAAAUAUGAACGUGUUUAUCGUCAGAACAACAGCGGUGAAGAAAUGAAUUUUUGAAGAACAACAAUGGUCGGGCUCGACAAUACCUAAAAGACAAAUAGUUUCAUUUGCAGACAAGGGCGGUAGGUUUGACACCGAUGGAUAAACAAGUUUAGUUCCUGAACAUUCAAAGUCAGAGUUAAGAUUUUUAUGGUUUUGUCACAAAAAUAUCCAUACCUAAAUACCUAAAUAAUUGCACUCAAAUGAAACAGGCUUUUGUCCAACUGUGCAUCAAACAAGGAAACAGACUGUAUGGAAAAGUCGAUCUCAGUCCACACCACACCAACUCCACUCAGACAGACCUGAGCAGCUGUAAACAUUAUGUAGUAAAAAAAACAAAAAAACAUACAGUACAUGGUCAUCAUCUCUUUAUUGACUUCUGAUUUGUAAACCACUUCUGGUAGCUGCACGAGGGCUCUGUCCACUUCUUAUAUACAGUCCAUGGUUUAUCUAUUUGCACUGACAUUUUACCAAAAACAAAACCCAACAACGGCAGAGUAUUUCUGGGUGGAUUUUCACCUCCAGUGUCCAGACCAGUCUGUACAAAAAAGACAAGAGCCUGAGUGAAGCGGUAGUCGCCCUCUUACACCUUCAGCCUUCAGAUGAACAGACAGUAAUAACUAACCAAUCACAGUGGAGAGUAUUGGCUGAGGCAAAGGUAGGCAUUUGUACUUACUGCUAUGACCUGUGGGUAAUGGUCUUUUCUAGAAAACAGCAGUGAAAAUGCCACUGACUAAAUUCCAGUUAAAAACUGUGGUAACUGUAAAAUAAUCAAAAAGCCUUGGUUUUCAUUGUUGUGCAGCAGACAAACAAAGUUUUUUGUUAUUUUAAGCGCUUCUUAAAUAUCAAAGUGUGAAUUUAGUACAUGUGACUUAGUAACUUCAUUUUAUUUUGUCCUUAUGCUCAGCAGUAAUUUUUCAAUAGUUUGACUUGACUGUUGUUUCUCGUAUCUGUAUAUUUUAAAUAAAUUAAAAUAAAUCAAACUGAUUGACGUUUUAGCUGCUCCUGGCCGGAUCUUUCUAAUUAAUGUGUUGGUUUUGUAUUAUUUGCUGAGAUAAAUAGCAGUUACAGCCUCCAGCUCUGAAUAUAUCAACAUAUCAGUCACGGUGAUGUCAGAAUUUGGAUCUUUAUGUACAGAGUACAUAUCAACUUAGUAAAUGCUGCAACAUAGACGCCAUAGAUCGUAUAUAAGAAAUGGAGGUAGCCUUCAGACUACCGUUCUAAGUAGGCAAAGAGAAAAAAAAAUUGGUUUAUUUUUUAUAUAUGCUUAAUGGUAUGAACCUAGAUUAGAUAAAUAUAUAAAUAUUUAUGGUAAAAUACCUAACAAUAUUCAGUUAUAACUACUGUAGACGAAAUGGAGACAGAUAUUGUAAAGAUAUUUAGCAUAUGAAGCUAAAAGUCAAAUCAAAUUCAAACACAGUAUGACUAUCCCUUUAGCGUAGGACUGUUUGGUUUUGGGGUUUGUUGGGGUUUUUUUUUCAAAUAUUAGGAUGUAAAUAUGUAUUUUGACAUAUUUUGUUUUGAAAUUGAUUAAUUUAUUUACUGCUUAUAUAUUGUUGUUUCUAUGUAUUCUGAUCAUGUUUUACUAACCUUAAACAAAUACGUGGGAUAUAACCUGUUUGUGCUUCUCUAAUGUUAAGGCAGAUCAGAUACUGACCUUAUUUCAGAUUGUGUUCUUCUCAUCAUUUAUAUACAUUUGGCUGCUUUUGGCUUCAGGUGGUGGCUUUUAUGACAAACAUGCUGUUGUUUUUUUGUUUUGUUUUAAAUGGAUACUCAUUUUCAUCGUACUAACUGAUGAUGUAACAUGGUAUGUGUUACUGUGUUGUACGCGUUGUGGUCACUGCUUGUGAGAUGAGUUUAUUCCCAAAGUUUGCGAAUCAUGACAAAAGGUUGGUCACAAACACCGUAAUUUGAUAUUUCUUUCCUCUGUAUGGCACAUGUUGUUUCCUGUAUGUCAGAACAGAAAAGUGGAAUGAUGCUAAUCCCUGAUGUUUCUCCAAUGGGGUGAAAAGAUUGUUUUGUCUGUUGAA